GGACAUUAGAAGACUUGAGAACAUUGCAUCGUUCGUUACAGGGAGAUGGAAUCAUAUUUAUUGGGUUCGACGACUCUCACAGUAGCAACCCGGUAAGUGUAUUGCCGGAUGUCAAUAGUGGAGUAGAAUCUUUAUUUUGGAUUGUCAUCCUCUGACCGUCAUCAUGGCAUCUGCAGAAGAACUCGUAUUCAACGACCCUCACCCGCCCCAUCCCAAUGCCAUCCUCGCUUUUGGCAAGGUCCUUGGUCACAUCAAGUUUGAGAUCCUCAAAUCGCGCAAGGACUGGGACAAGCAUGAGCCCAAGAUGUGGUCCAGGGCCCGCGGUAUCACUAACGAUGACCUCGUUGCCUUUAACCUAGAGGACGAUCUUGUGCUCGUUCGCAGCGCACCCACCUCUUACGGCACCAUCAUCCUCGGAAAGAUUCGCAUCCCAGCCAUCAACGACGAUGAAGGAGAGGGUUACAUUCAUGUUCGGCGUAGCAUCCAUGAUCCCCCUGGCGGAUCCACAGACGACGUCAGGUUCCAUUCCCUGUUUACAGACGAAGGAAACAAGAAUGCAGAUGGCCAGGCCACCACCUGGCGUGCCAUCCAGACUAAAGAUACUGCGCUGGAAUUUUUCAAUGAGUGA